AUGUUUAAGUUUAUGUGUGCCUGUCGGCCUGUCUCUAGGGCGACUUACCCCAGAGCAACUCUAUAUGAUAAUAACUUUCACCGCCUAUAUGCCAUGAUUGCUAAAGGUCCAUCAUCAAGGGUCAUCUUUGAUAACAAGUGGCCCAACAACAAAUUAAAUCCUUCUCCAUAUGAUAUCUUUGCAAUUGCUGAACCUGAGAAAAUCAAUAAGAAAGCUAUGAAGAAAUUAUAUCAUCAUUAUGUCAAACUGUACCAUCCUGAUCGAUGUGGCAAUUUAAACAUUCUAAAAAAUCCUUCAUUAGAGAAAAGCUCAAACCAGAUGUUGAGUCAAGCUGAAAAGAUCAGAAGGUUUAAAUUGGUUUCACAAUACUAUGCGAUCUUAAUGGAUUCUAAUAAGAAACGGCAAUGGGAUUUUAAAAACGCUGCAAGUGGCACUCAUAUGAAUAAUGUUAAUAUGAAUGCAAAUUAUAAAUAUUGGAAUGCCGGGACUUGGGAAGAUGUUAAUUCAUACUAUAAGGAAACAAACGAAGGAGGACAUACCCUGGAGAAGAAACUAGAUCUUUGGGUCUUAUUUUGCUGGGUAUCCGGAUUGUACGUUUGUGUUCAAGGUUACGCUCUUUUGAAUAGAGCACAAGAGUCUAUAUUAAACAAAGAUAGACAUGUUGUAACAGACCAUGAUGAGAUCAGAACUGAGUUGUUUAAGGCCUAUAAUAACUUCGGUUUGGAAAAUGAUAAAUGGUCAAGGCUACGGAGGUUCCUUUGGUUUAGAAGCUGGGCUAUGGCUUCUCCUAAUGAGUAUGACAAGGAACAUUAUGCGAAUGAAAAAAUGAUUAAUGACUUACUGAAGAAAGAGCGUUGA